AUGGAUGAAAGUGCACCUGCAAGCACAAGUACAACUGCAUGUACUGGAACUUCUGGCAAAGAUGAUCCUGAGAUAAUCCAUCCUCCUGGAACUGGUAGUGGAACUGCUGGUAUUGAUUUGGAAGCUGCCACGAUACAUCAAGAUAGCCCAGCAUCGCCUUUGGUACAUGCAGUUAAGAUGGGCUGUAAGAAGAGGCUGUUUGAUCAUGGUCCAUCAGCUGAAAGAGUUCAAGGGAUGACCUGUAAUACUAACAAGAAAGAAAUUGCUAAAUUGAAUGAAACGAUUGAUAAGUUAGAGGCUGCCAAGGACGAGCUCCAGGAAAACCUCCAGGUUAAAGAUGACGAUUAUGACAACCUGUAUCGGCAGUAUACGAAUCUGACGUAUAAUUCGGCAAUACGGGACGAGCAUCACAAGCGAUGCACCCAUUUGAGGCUGUCAAGUCAAGUUUCCGCCUAUACCUCUCGACAAGUUUCCGAAGCGAUAUUCAGCCAAACAUUUUAUGAACCGGACCCUGAUAUUGACAAUGUUUUUGUGCCUUAUAUCACUGUGGAGUUACAGGGGCACUUGUAA